UGCUACUUUUACUCUAGACUAAUGUACAGUCACAAAGUUCAAACGUAAACAGCAUCGGAGCCACACAUAUUCUCCAAAAACUCAUCAAAUCUCCAGAGAAUCUCAUCCAAUCAUUCCUCAAUUUACUUUUUCUUCUUCAAAUUCAUAGAACCCACCUCUUGUUUUUUGCAUUCUUCCAAUAACCAAACUCUCUCUUUCCUUGAUUCUGCUUGAAUUUUACCAAAAAAAAAAAAAAAAAAGAAGCUCAAAAUCCAGACACCCCAUUUCAUAUUCUUGCACAUCCCAAACACCCCACCAUUUAAAUUUUAGAAACAAGGCCUCAAAUUAAGAAAACGCAUUUGAUUUUUUGCAUUUCCAUUUAAGAAAAAAAAAGUUUCUGUUUUUUUUUUAUUAUUUUUUUUUGCUUGAAUUUUGGAGGAAGAAAAUCCAUGGCUUUGGUUGUUAGUAGUGCAACUUUCUUAUCUCUUUCUCAACAGAAGAGAAUUCAAAGAAUAAGAGCUAUUGCUUCUGAGGAUUUUGCUACAGUGAAAAGUGAAGAAGAGAAAUUGAAGUUGGGUGGAUCUGAUUUGAAGGUGACCAAGCUUGGGAUUGGUGCUUGGUCUUGGGGAGACACCAGCUACUGGAAUAAUUUCCAAUGGGAUGAUAGGAAGCUGAAGUCAGCAAAAGCUGCUUUUAACACCAGUAUUGAUUGCGGCAUAACCUUCUUCGAUACCGCUGAGGUCUAUGGCUCGAGGGCGUCUUUUGGUGCGGUGAAUUCCGAAACUCUAAUUGGAAGGUUCAUCAAAGAAAGGCAACAAAAGAAUACAGCUGAACUAGCUAUUGCGACCAAGUUUGCAGCUUUGCCAUGGAGGCUGGGUCGGGGGAGCGUUAUAGCUGCCCUUAAGGAUUCGUUGUCUCGUCUUGAUCUUUCUUCGGUCGAGCUGUACCAGCUUCACUGGCCAGGUAUAUGGGGAAACAAAGGGUACAUUGAUGGGCUUGGAGAUGCUGUUGAUAUGGGCCUCGUAAAGGCUGUCGGUGUUUCGAAUUACAGCGCAAAGCGUCUUAGAGAUGCUUAUGAUCAGCUCAAGAAGCGGGGUAUUCCAUUGGCCUCAAAUCAGGUGAAUUACAGCCUCAUAUACCGGGUCCCAGAGGAGAAUGGUGUGAAGGCUGCUUGUGAUGAACUUGGAGUCACUCUCAUUGCAUACUCACCCAUUGCUCAAGGUGUUCUUACGGGAAAAUACAUGCCAGAAAAUCCACCUAGUGGCCCUCGUGGUCGGAUUUACACUCCCGAAUUCCUCACAAAGAUGCAACCUCUGCUGAGCAGAAUCAAAGAAAUUGGACAGAAUUAUAGCAAAACCGCCACACAGGUGGUUCUCAACUGGCUUAUAGCUCAGGAGAAUGUGGUGCCCAUCCCAGGUGCCAAAGAUGCCGAACAGGCCCAAGAAUUUGUAGGCGCGCUUGGAUGGAGAUUGACGGACCAAGAGAUAGCCGAGCUCCGCUCAUUGGCAACCGAAGUAAAACCAGUCAUUGGAUUCCCAGUCGAAAAGCUCUAAUUCAACAGUCAAUUUCCACACACA